CUCGCGUCCAAGCGCUAUCCAUGAUAUAUGUCUCACUUCCAUGAGUCAAGCUUUGAUUGUGAAUGUAAGCAAGCAAGCAUGCUUAGCGUGUCGACAGCGGAAAGAUAGAUGUACCGGCGAAGAGCCUUGCGCAAGCUGUACGCGCCGCGGAGAGAGAUGUCUCUACGUCGCACAUCGACGAGGCGGUCCUCGGCGCAAGGGCGUCUCAAAGCCACUUGCUGCUGACCUUGAAGUAGUCGAGACUGACAAUUGGCCAUUCUUCGUCGCUACGUCCGCAGAGUGCUUUCCGAGUCUAUCAAUUCCAACGUUCCAUGACCGUGCAUCGCAAAUACAGCCAAAGGCCACGACGUGGGACAUCUGCGAUGUUCAAGUUGCCCUCGUUGAUACCUUGUGGAGGUUUGCAACGGGAGACAAAGUGCAAGCAAUGAACACUCUCAAAGAGGCUUGCGACCAGGCUUUAGCUUCUGACAUGUACCGCACAAACAACUUAUCCAAUCAGCAGAUUCUCGCCGAGCUGUGGGUCAACGACAAAGUUCUCCAUGCUUUCAGUGGCUCUACGACUUGCUUCUUGUCUUUUGCUAUACCGUGGCCGGUCGAAGAUCGAUAUUCCAACUUGAUCACUGUAGCAGAUGUGCUACGGCAAGCGGCAUUAAGUGGCACAACAGAUGAUGUACAGCAUUUUGACGAGAUUCUUGCAGAAUUGAGACUUCGACUUCCUCGAAAUACCGAUCCCGUCAUGGCACGUACCCGGAUCUUGCUCGAUACUGUCUGCAUCAUGAUCCAUGCUCGUCGCGCCCAGAUUGCACUACCCUUUCUCAUUCAAGCUCCUGCUUGCGGGCUCGUGCUUGAUCCAACACUGGACCAGUGUCAGCGAAGCAUGAUCUCCGUGGAACGUUGUGUUGCUGCUGCGAAUGAUAUGGCUACAGUAUCUGCUACUAGCCAGGUGACUUCGUUCCAGCUUAGUUGCAGUUUGGCUUUAGCCAUCGUCGUGCAUGCAAACGCUAUCAUCAUGGGAUGGCAACCGAGUGAUGCACGCGUGAUGCUACAAAGCAAUCUCAAGCAGCUUCGUGAGCUGGCUCGUCAUUACAGUAUCGCUUGUCGCGUGCUGGAACGGCUCGAUACCGUUUUGCAUGUACUCGACUAGAUUUGAUAAAUCAACAAUGCUGAAAGGUGUGAUACUAAUGAGACUGUAGGCGCUGCUACAGACGCGGCCAUUGUGCCAGAACACGAAUGAUCGCGACCAAUAGCUGCAGGAAACAGUGCUCUCUCAUGACUUACUACAACUAAUGAGACUUGCGCAAGUAAAGCACCACAACACUCAACAGUCUCAAGACGACGGUUAUGGCAACCACGAUGCCUAUGCGCAGGCCAAAUCGCCCAUCUGCGAUACCAUAGCGACGUAGCACUUCUUCACCAUCAAUCAUACCUCGAGCAUUUGUUGGAAAGCUGCAAGCGGCCGAUGAACAUUUGUAGAAUCGAU